AUGUCACGCUUAUCUUUUAUCGUUAAAAACGAAGUGGAACCUAAUAUUGAAAUUGAGAACAAAACUAAAUAUGAACAGGUGAAUUUCGAAGUAGAUCCUACCGCUGAUAAGGAUAUUAAUGAUUAUAUCGAAAAGUUUCUAGACAUUUCGGAUAAUGCAAGAAAUAACGACAAGCAAGAAAAAGAGAUGUCACUACUUGAGGGAUUGAAAACAUAUCCCAAAGCAGCUGCAUGGUCAGUGAUUCUAUCAACAGCUUUGGUUAUGGAAGGUUAUGAUACUUCGCUCAUGGGAUCAUUAUAUGGUAUGCCUGCAUUUGCUGAGAAAUUUGGUAUGUUUGAGCCAUCUUCUCAAUCGUAUCAAAUUCCGGCAAAAUAUCAGACCAUCAUGGGUACUUGUGGUAAUGCUAGUUCUAUAAUUGGACUCUGGUUUGCUGGUAUUCUUGCAGAUAGGUUUGGAUAUAGAAAAACUAUUAUAGCUAACUUGAUCUUGGUUGCAAUUUUUAUUUUCAUUGUUUUUUUCGCAAAGAAUAUUGGUAUGUUAAUGGCAGGUAACAUUUUACUAGGCUUUCCCUGGGGUGCCUUUCAGACAUUAUCAGUUGCUUAUGCUUCUGAAGUAUGUCCUAUGGUUUUGAGAAUUUACUUGACGACAUAUUCCAAUAUUUGUUGGAUUUUUGGGCAAUUACUCUCAGCUGGUGUAAUGCGGGCAUUUGUUACUAGCACCUCAGAGCAAUCCUAUAAAGUACCAUUUGCUAUUCAAUGGGUAUGGCCUGUUCCAAUUAUCAUCGGUGUAUUUUUUGCUCCAGAAUCACCUUAUUGGUUAGUCAAGAAUGACAAAUAUAAAGAGGCCAAGAGAUCGAUUGAGAGGCUCAUUACUGAAAACAAAAAUGUGGACAAAAAUAUACUUUCUGAAGCGAUGUUACAAAAAAUGCAAAUGACAGUUAAAGGUGAGCAGCAAGAAAAAAAGCUACCUUCUUAUUUGGAAUGUUUCAAAGGUGUAGAGCUUCGUCGGACACGAAUUGCUGCAUUGACUUGGCUAACUCAAAACCUAUGUGGCGCCACUCUCUUGAGUUAUUCGAGCUACUUCUAUAUUCAAGCAGGUAUGGCUCCAGAGAUGUCAUUUACAUUUACAAUUAUUCAAUUUGCACUUGGUAUUGUAGGCACUAUUGGGUCUUGGUUUUUGUCUAAGAGAUUUGGUCGCUUUACAAUUUAUUUUGGAGGGCUUUGUGCUUUAGCUGUAAUAUUGAUGGUGAUAGGCGGGCUUGGCUGCUCAACUGAUAAGAAUUCUAUGUGGGGUGUUGGCACUCUUCUAAUUAUUUACGUUAUGGUCUACGAUUUAACUGUCGGUCCGUUAUGUUAUUGUAUUGUUGCUGAAAUACCUUCUGUUCGUCUUCGCGCAAAGAGUAUUAUUAUUGCUAGAAACCUCUACAAUAUUUCUGGAAUAGUUUUGAGUAUACUUACUCCUUAUAUGCUUAAUCCAGGAGCUUGGGAUUGGCUGGCAAAGGUUGGGUUUUUCUGGUCAGGAUUCACUAUUGUUUGUGCAGUCUGGUGCUUUUUUGAUUUACCAGAGACCAAGGGAAAAACUUUUGCGGAUCUUGAUUAUCUUUUCCAACAAAAUAUCAAAUCAAGAGACUUCAAAAAUACGGAAGCUUCUGUUUUUGAUGCCGAGAGCUACAUCCAUAAACUAGGAGAUGAUGGGAUAAAGCAGCUUGUUGAGCAGAAUGAGUUUGCCAAUAAUACUGGAAAAGUAUAA